AUGGGCAGACACCACAUCCCCAUGAUUGCCCUUGUAGUGGUCCUCUUUCUCAGCUAUACCUGUUAUGCUGAGGAGCUACCUGAUGUGCUUUCCUGUCCAGAUCACCAGGAGAGCUUUGAUGGCUCGUGCUUUGAAUUUGUCAGUCUACAGCGUCCCUUCUUCAGAGCCCAGUCCUGGUGUGAGCGUGGUGGUGGACACCUCGCUUUUAUUCUCAAUGAUGAAACGCAGCAGUUUCUCCAGAAGCAUCUGCACCCUGGGAAGGACUGGUGGCUCGGAUUGGCACCAGCCGCUCCAAACUUUACUAUAGACACUACUGGUGAUGGCUCCCUUUCUUGGCUGGAUGGCUCAGAUGUCAGCUACAGUAAUUGGGUGAACACACCAGAGCCAGCGUCAGCUUGCGUAUAUAUACAGAGACAUUCAGGUUUUCAGUGGGAAGCUACAGACAAUUGUACCCAAGAAUAUAAUUUUAUCUGCCAGUUUGAUUCAGGAAGAUCUCUUGCUUGUGAAGGCCAAAAUGCUACAUUGCAGUGUGGCUCUGGUCAAGUAAUAGAAAUAGAUGACAGUUUCUUUGGCAGAAAAACCAUACAUUACUGCAGAGCUCAUCUCACAGCCUCACCUACAGCUUCCCAGGAAGAAUGCAGCUGGAUCGACGUCGUGGAUUCUGUAACUGCCCUUUGUCAUGGACUGCAGGCCUGCCAGGCUCCUGUAGAUGUGAGCACAUUUGGAGAGCCGUGUCCAGCAUUUGGAAGUUACCUCUCUGUGGAAUAUCACUGCAAACAUGGUCAGUUUUGCAGUAAAGACAAAUGAAAUAUUAGAAAACAUAAAUUACAUAAGAUGUAUUUCUUCUGCUCAGGUCUCUCCCUAUUAAUUAGUAAGCUGGCAGCUGUGUUUGAUAAUGUCACUAUUACU